CGGUUUUUACUGUCACAACGGUCACACUAAACGCUAUUUAUUAAAAAAAUUUGCAAAUUUAAAAAAACGCAAAACGCACAAAAUGGAGCCUUAUGAUGUCGUUGUAAACCAGCCCGUCGUCAUAGAUAACGGCUCCGGUGUUAUCAAAGCCGGCUUUGCUGGUGAGCACAUUCCAAAAUGCAGGUUUCCCAAUUACAUUGGCAGACCCAAGCAUAUUCGGGUAAUGGCUGGUGCCCUGGAGGGCGACAUAUUUGUUGGUCCGAAGGCGGAGGAGCAUCGCGGUCUGCUCAGCAUACGGUAUCCCAUGGAGCACGGCAUUGUGACGGACUGGAACGAUAUGGAGCGAAUAUGGAGUUACAUUUAUAGCAAAGAACAACUAGCCACCUUCACGGAAGAUCAUCCGGUACUGCUCACAGAGGCUCCACUAAAUCCACGCCGCAAUCGUGAAAAGACUGCCGAAUUCUUCUUUGAAAGCAUCAAUGCACCUGCGCUGUUUGUGUCAAUGCAGGCAGUCCUCAGUCUGUAUGCCACUGGAAGGGUAACUGGCGUGGUGCUGGACUCAGGUGACGGUGUGACGCAUGCGGUUCCCAUCUACGAGGGAUUCGCCAUGCCUCACAGUAUUAUGCGUGUGGACAUUGCCGGUCGCGAUGUGACGCGGUACCUGAAGACACUCUUACGCCGGGAGGGCUUCAACUUUCGGUCAACCGCCGAGUUUGAGAUUGUGCGCUCGAUCAAGGAGAAGGUCUGCUACUUGGCCACCAAUCCCCAGAAGGAAGAAACUGUGGAGACGGAAAAGUUUGCAUACAAACUACCCGACGGCAAGACUUUCGAGAUCGGACCGGCACGUUUCCGGGCCCCGGAGGUGCUCUUCCGCCCGGACCUGCUGGGCGAAGAGUGCGAGGGCAUACACGACGUUCUAAUGUACUCCAUUGAAAAGUCGGAUAUGGAUCUCAGGAAAAUGCUCUACCAGAACAUUGUCCUCUCGGGUGGCUCAACUCUGUUCAAGGGAUUCGGCGAUCGGCUACUAUCCGAGCUGAGAAAGCAUUCAGCCAAGGAUCUUAAGAUCAGGAUUGCCGCGCCACAAGAGCGACUGUACUCCACAUGGAUGGGCGGCUCGAUUCUGGCAUCGCUUGACACCUUCAAGAAAAUGUGGAUAUCGAAGCGGGAAUACGAGGAAGAGGGCCACCGGGCCGUGCAUAGAAAGACUUUUUAGCGUGUUUAUUGACUUAAACGCAGUGUGUGAAAGGCUUUUUAAAAUCUAUAUCAAACAUCAA